AAUAACUUGGGGACAAUUCGUAGAGAGUUUUUCAAGGGAAGCAAUUACGUAUUUAAUCUGGAAAGAUGGCAGACCUGAUAGCAGGUGCCCCAGAACACUGUCCGGGAACAGGGAGCGAACAGGCCGGCAAAGCGUCUGCUUGUAGUGGUUGUCCCAAUAGAGGCAUAUGCUCGUCCCAACCUAAAGGACCUGAUCCAGCUAUUGCAGAAAUCCAAGAAAAGUUAUCCACAGUUCGUCACAAAAUCCUUGUCCUUUCUGGAAAAGGCGGCGUUGGAAAAAGUACUUUCUCCGCUCAUUUGGGGCAUGGCUUUGCAGCUGCCAAUGAAGAUCACCAAAUCGCAGUUUUAGACACGGAUAUGUGUGGUCCAUCUAUUCCUAGAAUUAUGGGGGUAGAAGGAGAGGCAGUUCAUCAGAGUGGCUCUGGCUGGUCACCGGUUUACGUAUCGGAUAAUCUUGCAAUUAUGUCCGUUGGAUUUCUUCUAGCAAGUCUAAAUGAUGCUGUCAUAUGGAGAGGUCCAAGAAAGAACGGUCUGAUUAAACAGUUCCUGAAAGACGUCGACUGGGGAGACUUGGAUUACCUCAUCAUUGAUACACCACCAGGUACUUCAGAUGAACACCUGUCGUUAGUUCAAUACAUUGGUGCAACAACGAUCGAUGGAGCAAUUAUCAUUACUACACCACAGGAAAUUUCUUUGCAGGAUGUUAGGAAGGAAAUCAAUUUCUGUGAGAAAGUAAAACUUCCUAUAAUUGGUGUAAUUGAAAAUAUGAGUGGCUUUGUUUGCCCACACUGCAAAACUGAGUCUGAGAUAUUUCCUGCAACAACUGGUGGGGCUGAAAAAAUGGCAAAAGAUUUAUCCCUACCAUUCCUUGGCAAGCUACCCUUAGAUCCUAGAAUUGCAAAAGCAUGUGAUGAAGGCAAGUCAUUCUUAGAAGAAAUACCUGAUAGCCCAGCAGCCCAAAUAUUCCAGAAGAUUAUAAAAGCUAUAGAAUGUCAUUGUGAGUCUAAAAGUGACAGUAAUGACUGUGGUGAUAAUAAAUAACAUAAAAAUAUCAUUUCUUGAAAGAAAAAAAAAACUUUAAAAAAUUUUCUAAAAUACAGAAAUUUUUGCUUAUUUUAAAUUUUUGUUCUUGUUUUGAUAAAUAUUUUCUUAUUAAAAAAAUAUCUUUUGAAACUGAUUGAUGAUAACACUGCUUCUUAUACUACAUUAUUCAAUGAAGUCUUAGUGUGGUUUAAGGGAAAUUGGUUGCCAUUUCUAGCAGGUUGAACAACUACAGAGAAGCUUUAUUGUUGACCCAUCCAUAAAUACAUUACAAACAAAAUUGCAGCAAAGCUGUGUGGUGGUGGCUUUCAGCUGUGGCAUGCAGACCGUCUGACAACUUGUUUGAAAUUACAUUAUCUUUCUCUUCUCUUUUACAAAUUCAAUGGGGACAUGCGCGAUGUGUGUUCAUACUUCCACUUCCUACUCAAAACUGUUUACAGAUCACAACCAUCUCACAAACCUGCGGUUGUGAAGUGCACUUCAUACUCCAAUGGUUAUGAUAUAAGUUGACUUAGAUUAAAAAUGCUGAUAUCUUUA